AUGCUCGAGCGAUGCAAGCAGGCUUGUGAAGCAGGACCUCUUUUCACAGAAGCCAUGGUAAACGGAACUGAUGUGACAGCGGAAUUUAUCGAGCGAUGUAAUUGACCUUUUAACUAUCCAUUCCAUCAGCUUGCUGUAAACGCACGCCAGACUUACAGGCCAGUCAUUGGUUGGCUAUGACCCUGAUCCUCACUUGUGGAUGGAUAUGACGUUUGCCAACUUUCAUGUAUCAGGAAGUUUACUAGCUUCGAGUGAUUUAUGUAAGAUUUUACAGAGUGGUUCUGCUAAUUCUUCGGUUAGCUGACUUAGGAGUACAACUGGGAUCUCAUCUGGUCUACGUGACUUGGCCUGAUCCAACUUAUUUAACUCUGCCAGAACUAGCUACAUUGUAAAUAAUACUGGGCUUAUAAGUGGUUGGUCAACCAGCUGUGGCAGCGAAAAGGACUGAAGGCAUGAUUCCGCAGUAGAGGCACCUUGAAAAAAUUCUGAAAGACGCCCGGAUUUUUGAAAGCCGUCGUCCACAUUUUGACUAUUUUUGUCCUGUAAGGUUGCAAGAUGUUCUCGGUUUUUGUAUUGCUUUUGAUGUAUGCAUAGAAUUCUUAAGGUUCUUGCUAUGCCUCUUCCAGGGGCCUCAGUUGAUAAGAAGCACGUAUUCAAGCAAGAGGAUUUCGCACAAGUUGCGUUAUUGUCUAAAAUCUUGAAGUUUUGCCGGCCUCCCUGUCCGUAAGAAAAUUUUCGACAGCUUGCGAUUUUUUCAGAUUUCCUUUUUAACUGCUGUUGUCAGCCACUUCGGUCUAUUUCGAGACGGAUAUAUCUUGAGAGGGCAAUAUCGUUCAAUCACGAUUUUCAUAGUUAAUUUGAAGGUUUUCCUCGUCAUACUUCCGUCCAUAGCGUGUGUUCAAUCUCCGACGUUGUUGCCUCAACGUUACUUCGUUACACAUUACUUAACGAUUUUUAACUUCGUUCGAUAAAUACGGGUGUUUAUAAUCACAUUUAUGAAAUGUGAUCAAAAAGGUCCUAGGGGCGGGACUACAGAAAUUUCCUCAAGACUCUCCUCGUUCAUGGUAAACAGCUGGUUCAGGCAACUCGCUCUGUGACCUUCAUGCAUCCCAGUCACUCUUUGCACAGCAUGAAACAUAAAUCCAUCCAGGGCUGAUAGAAGCGAGCGGGCGAGCUCCAGAUAGCAGUUCUGAAGAUAAAGAUACGAUAUAUAUAUACUGAAUUAUACUGUAAAUGCUAGUAAUCAUAACACCGGACGAAUUCAUAAGCUGAAGAUGCGAUCACUGGAUUAAGAAAUUUAUUGGCCUGACGUUUCCGAUUCUCACUUGAAUCCAUCAUCAGAGAUAUUCGCAGAUAAAGGUGAUGGUGGCACCAAGAGUGCAGCAUUUAUAGCACGUGGCUGCCGUGGGACCGUUUGCACACCGCAAAUAACAGUUCUCACAAUCACCGCUGGGGUCGUAAUUGAUGCGGUGGUGGCUUGUCGGUCCGAGUCCGAGUCGCUAACUGCCGUGAUUUCGUCAUAAAUGCUGGAUGCUGGUGUGACGAUUAGAUAAAGAGAUAGAUAGAUAAUUUUUUAUUAAAGACCCGUCGGAGUCCCAUCAAAGCAAGUUAAAAUAAAUUUACAUGCAAGUUUUAGACGAGGUAGGCCGAAUCUUUACAAAAUGCAAUUCAUAGUUUCUGAAUUAGUAGUCCAUUGAGAAACAUGAUGAUUGAGGUGGGAAAAAACUCCUUACAAAGAGUUAAAAAUGAUUGCAUUAAUUUUACAGGAGAAAAAAAACCCUCAAUAAAAAUAAUGACAGGAAAAAGCGAGCAGGAUUGGCCUGUAGGUGGCGGUAUAUAAGGGAAUGUUGUCGGUCAUCGUCAGGGUAGCAAUAAAUCUCAGCCUUGAGGGGUACGAAUGUGGGUCAGACAGGACUGGCUGGCAUAUUGCAUUGUAUACGGGAUUCACAACUGAGAUCGUCUUGGCCGGAUUGAUAUGUCGCAUGAGACUAUUCGCGUCAUAGAGGCCAGACGAGAGCAACCCAGAUGCGAUCGGCCACAGCACGCUUCGAGUUCAGCCGAGCAGUGGGGAAGGGAGGUACGACCAAACUACUAGUAGACGGCGAAUACUGAGGGUUCCGCCCUGAGCGUCGACAGACCGCAUGAGGUCGGAAUGCGGGAGAUGACAUUAAAAACCGCGAAAAUUGUCGCUAUGGGGGAGGAGUGAUAGCAGUGAAUUUAGAAACCAAUCCAAAACAGGGGUUUCUAAUGAUAUAAUUAAGAGUUACCACUUAAUCUACCACUAAAUCCCAGGAGGACCCUUCUCGAAGUCAAGAAUCUGAGUGUUCGGAAAUGAGACCGUUAACAGUGCCUUUAUGCUUUCCGGUGUAAGAUGUUUGCGCAAUUUCGACUUGAAUACCAGUAACUUAGGCGAUAAUAUAAUUUCAGGCGGAAGAUUAUUCCAAAGGAAGGCAUAUUUGGAAGCAAAGAAGAGGGAGCGCUUAGAUGUAGUACAAAGAGGCGGCGGAAUCACCAUGCAGGAGUUGCGCGUGGCAUAAGACCGAUCUCUCGGAGUGAGAGUUUCAAUGGGCGGAAGACUGGAGCUGGAGUUGAUGCGAAAAAGGAAGCAAAGGCCAGCUUCGAGUCUUCUAACCCACAAAAACUUCAUGUUCGCCACUGACAUCUCUGAGUAUAAGAAAUACUGGACGAAGCUUGAGAGAACAGUUUACGGGUGAAAACCCUCUGAACAUUUUCGAUUUUAUUACGGUCGCAGGCGUUCAUUAAACCGAAGAAAGGACAAACAUUUGAUGAACUCUUAGUUUCAUUUCCGGAAGGAAAAAAUUAUGCGAUAUGAAUCCACAUAUCUGCGCGGAUUUGGCAGAGAUUCUAUCUGCAUGAGGUGAUAAAGCAAGCUUGUUUUUAUAACUUAUACCUAGGUCCUUUAUAGUGAGGCGUACUGAGAGUGGGUUAUUCUGAAAAAUUAUGGGACCAGGAAGUUUGGUAGGACCAAAAGACAUGAAACUACACUUGGAUGAUGAAAACUCCAUCUGCCAUGUCGAACCCCAUCUGCUUAAGCGUAGUAAAUCGGCAUUAAUUUUUUCAACACAAACAUUUGCGGUGUCCUUAGAGUAUGAGUAAACACACUUGAGGUCAUCGGCAUAAGUAAAAGUCUGCGAAUUUCCGAGUUCAGUCGAAAUAUCAUUGAUGUACAGAAGGAAGAGUAGCGGACCCAGGACCGUUCCUUGAAGUACGCCACUCGUGAUCGAGUGGGGUGUCGAGUAGCUAUUACCGACCAUGAAUUUCUGAUAUCCGUUAAACAGAACGGACCUGAUGAAGUCGAGUAGAGGCGGCCGGAUGCCGAGAGUUUCCAAAUUUACUAAAAGACGUCUAUGGGGCACCUUGUCAAAGGCUUUGCUAUGAUCAAAGUAAAUAACUACCACUGACUGCCGCUCAUUACGAAGAGAAGUGAUUAGAUUAAGAAAAGCCAAGUGACAUGUUUCGCAGGAUCGUUCAGGUAAAAAUCCAUGCUGACUAGAGCUCAGAAGCCGAUUAGCUAGACAGAAAUCAAGAAUUUCAUUGAAAAUAAUCCUUUCAAGAAGCUUUGCUAGAGACGGCGUUUUGUGCACGCCCCGAUAGUUAUUAACAUCGGACCGAGAUCCUGACUUGAAGACGGGAAUGAUAAUUUACGUUUUCCAUAUUUCAGGAAUGAAUCCUUUUGAAAUAUAAACCGAGAAUAAAUGACUGAGCAAUAUGGGAAAGUCGGACGCUUGUUUAAUAAUCGAAUUCGGAAUGUCGUCCGUUCCAGAGCAGUUUGAGUAUUUCAAACGGCUUAUGUGUUUCUUAAUGAGAUCUGAGGAGACAUCAAUUGUACUAAGCGUCCUAUCUGAAAGUGAUCGAAAGAAAGGGACCGGAUCGGACUCGGUAGCAAGGUGGUUUGCAAAGAAAGCACUAAACAACUCCGCCUUGUCAGUGUCAUCGGUGAGGAAGACUUUGUUAUCAUUUAGCAGGGGUGGAAGUUCGUGACCACGCUUAGAGGAGGACUGAUGACAGAAGAUGUUAGCGACGGAUUUGCCAGGGUUCGAACCACUGAGAGCGAUUGAUUCUCUUUGCCUGUCGCGCGCUUGGCGCAUCCUGGAGGCCAUCUCAAAAAUCUCUGUGAUUCUAAGAUGAACUGAUAAGGAACUAGUGGAUGGUUCAUGCAGCUGUCGCCUCAACAUUUAUAGUCUGUUGUGACGAAAAUGAGGAACAAGGGAAUCUGAAGAAUUAGGCUUGAGAUAUCUACGCGGCACAAACUCUAGAAUGUCCUUGGAAACAUUGGACAUGACAUCACGAAGAAUGGUUGCAUCGCUACAAGUGAGGAAGCCACACCAAUCCAAGGAUCUCAUAUAGUUAUUUAUUAAGUCGUUAUCUACGCAGUCGUAGCUCAUGUAAGUCCGAACGGCGCUUGUCUUUUUUGAAAAGGCAAGCGGUAAGCAACAAUGAAUUACUACGUGGUCACUGUCAAAAAGGUCCUUUUUUAAAGCAGCAGAAAGAGGAGCAAUGUCAUUGGUAAAGAUUAGAUCUAAAAUGUGAUCAUCUCUUGUUGGAGAGCGCACCGGUUGGGACCAGUUAGAAAAGUUGACAAUAUCUUGAAAGGGCUGGAAUCUGGGUGGACAGCUAUUGGAAACCAGUCUAUUUUAGGAAGGUUAAAAUCCGCAGUGAUUAUUUUAACAUCGAAAGCAGCUUUCGAAAUUAAUUUAAAGAUUUCACAGAGUUGUAAAUCAUCACUGGCUAAAGAAUUUGGGGGAUUGUAGAUACAGCCAAUAAUUGCCUUUCUUUGCAGCGAGGGAAUAACAGAUGCAAAGCAGAAGUUUCCCGUGAUCGAGGAAACAUCCAAGUAAUAGGGAGAGUGCUUUAGGUAGGAUUUCAGAUAAGGAAGACAACCACUCCCACGCCUAGUCGUGCGGUCUUGGCGGUAAAAAUCGACGUCAUCUAUGAGAAGGACAGAGUCAGGAAUUAGAGAAUGGGUCCAAGAUUCUGUUACACAUGUAAUAUCAGGCGUCAUUUCCAGAGCAAUGGCUCUGAUUUGGGCCAUCUUGUUUAUAACUGACCUGGCAUUCAAUAAUAUAAUAUCUAAUGUGUUUCGAACGGCAAUGCUAUUUUCGACGGUAUUUAAAAAAAUUUGGAGGCGGAUAUGUAAGCUGUGAAUUAAUGACACUGUCGUUCUGGAGAGCGUCAGUUGCGGAGCCUUCAGUGUGUUUCUAUCACCAAAAAGGUGUUGUGUACUUCUUGCAUCUGUCCUUUCUGUUCAAAAUCACGUCCGCAAGGGCGGCGUCCCGUGUGUGUGUACUUGUAACCAAUCAGCGACAGAAAUUUGCGUUGAUUGGCUCCGAGCCCAAGCGAAAUGGCAAAUUAUCGGCCAGGAGUGUGGCGUGGACGGAAGUGCAGAUCGAGGGUUAGAGAGCGCAGCCGUGGCGCGUAAACAGUAGAACGAGGGUACAUGGAAAAGACUGCUACAGACCCAACUGCAAGUGGUGGAGAAGUUCCCGUACCUAGGCAGUACCCUAUCUCGCAACACCAAAAUCGAUGACGAAGUGGCGCGCAGGAUCUCGAAAGCCAGUCAAGCCUUCGGCCGCCUCCAAAGCACAGUUUGAAAUCGUCAUGGUCUCCAACUGAGCACGAAACUUAAGAUGUACAAGGCCGUCAUCCUGCCGACGCUGCUGUACGGAGCGGGGACUUGAACGGUGUACACAAAGCACGCACGUCAUCUGAACCACUUCCACCUCAGUUGUCUUCGUCGCAUCCUGAGGCUGAACUGGCAGGACCGCAUUCCCGACACUGAUGUGCUGGAAAAGACGGGAAUUCUCAGCAUCUACACCAUGCUGAGUCAAAUGAAGCUGCGCUGGAGCGGCCACCUGGUGCGCAUGGACGACGAGCGACUACCAAAAUGACUCUUCUAUGGAGACGUCGUGACGGGUUCUCGCUGCCAAGGAGGUCAGAUUUGUCGAUACAAGGAUACUAUGGAUUCCUCCCUGAAGCGCCUGCAAAUCAACCCGACGAACUGGGAAGAGCUCGCCCGCGAUCGUCCGACCUAGAGGAGAACAGUGAAGACGGACGCGGCUAUUUACGAAGCCAGAUGCGUCGCUGCCGCCAAAACGAAACGCGAAGCCCGCAAGUCCCUACUGCGCCCAGUCCGCAACGCCGACGCACAACCCCCACCAACGUGUCCUCUAUGUCAACGGACAUUCCGGGCUCGAAUCGGACUUGUUGGACAUCUUCGGAUCAACUGUACCUCUCGGACCACAACAACAGCCGUCCCUCCGCCCGCGUCUUCCACGUCCUCUCUGCCGCCAACUACCUCUGGCAAUUCAUCUGAACCACCACUUCCAUCCUCGUCCUCCUCCUCCUCCUCCUCCUCCACCACCACCACCACUGCCCCAGCGACGGCCGCUCAGGCGACCAGCUCGCAUAACACCAACCCUGACACAACAUCCGACACCACCCCCACUGCCCCCGACUCCAGCAAUGAGGAUCAGGACUACACCUGCCCUCACUGCGACCGCACCUUCACCUCACACAUUGGCCUGGUUGGUCACUUGCGAAUCCAUCGCACAGAGAUUGGCGAACCAGUGCCUGGAGCACCAGCCUACACCCACCGCACUCGCCUCCAAUGCCCACACUGCCUUCGCACCUUCAGGCAUCGCAUGGGUCUAUUCGGCCACAUGCGCAUCUACGAGAGCGGAAUUGAACACAAUUCCGACACAUCCACCAUGUCCAGCCCCACCGUCGUUCCAUCGCCCGCGCACAUCAUCACAACCACGGCCUCCUCUGCAGCUGACACCGACACCGUCGACUUCUCGUGCUCACACUGUCCACACACGUUCACCUCGCGCAUCAGCCUGGUCGGUCACUUGCGAAUCCAUCGCAUAGAGACUGGAGAGCCAGUGCCUGGGGCACCAACCUAUACCCACCAAGCUCGACUCAACUGCCCACACUGUCCUCGCACUUUCAGGCAUCACAUGGGCCUAUUCGGCCACAUGCGCAUCCACGACGACCUGCGGUAG